AUGCAAAACUCGGAGGUGGUAAGAUUCAGCAGUUUCUUUGACCACCAUGAGGGACUGUUGUAGAAAGCAUUGAAGAGCGGGAAAAUGGACGGGAGCUUGAGGUAUGUACGUUUUCGUUCUGAAUUCGUUGAGCUCUGUUAUCAGAAGCGCGAGCUCGUUGCCUUCGACAGCGAAGUCGACGACCCCCGUGACUGCCCUCGAAGACAGCGACAGCAACGCGAGUCUAGUACCGACGGCUCUUGAGAACUCGACUAGGACGGCCAUCGGCGGCAGCAGCAGGCACGUCUUCGUCCCAACAUUCUUUGACUUCUCGUCGUAGACUGACCACUUUGAGCCUGUCGGACACUUCUGCUGGACAUCACACUUCUCCGAGUGCACACACGGCUCGAUCAUCGUCUCAGUCAUCGCGCCCCAACAGCAAAGUUGAACCACCAGAAAACCUUCUGAACAGUUAGUCACGCUGCUUUCUGUUAAAGCUUUAUUACCUUUUUAUCAUACAAAACACGGCUCGAUGUUUUCAAGACUUGCGCAAAGGCAAACUUUUUGGUGGCUCUCGGCAAUUUACUGAGGAGCCAGGUAUGCUGUUGAAUGAUUAUGUGAAGGUUUUUUUUAGAAGCGAUCGCUUCGCAUCGAAAGUCAAACGUGAUGAGCGUCGAGUUCUCAAACGCUGUACAAAACCUUCGCUUUCUGUCGUUAUUUCAAAUUUCAGACUUGCCAGACGAACAGCAACCUUUCCCAAAGAUCGAGAGCGUCUUCUAUAACCGAUCAUAAGGUUGUUUCUAUAAAAAAGCCUUAAAAAGUAACAUUGAUUUCUUAGUUGGAACCAAGCAAUGAGAAUCGCCGACUCGGCAAUCCUCCGACUUUGCCUACGCUCCCAAAAACAAUGGACAAGUUUCCUCGUCCCACGCCACCUCGUAGACGAGUUUAAUUUUUUUGAAUACGAGAAAGAAAAAAAAAUGUGUUCAAGGUUUCGUCUCUCGGCGCCUCUCAGCUGCAGUUGACUAACCCAGUCAAGCCUGUGAUCCUCAACAAAGACGACUCUGAAUCUGACGAUUCGACAUCAGAAGUAAGUUUUCAAAAAAGAUUUCAAGCCAUUACUCGAAAUAAGACCGAAGAGAGCGGCCAGGAGAAAUCCAAACAAGCUAUAAAGAAAACGGACAAAUCGCAGAUAUCAGAAAAAUCUCAAAAGUCGCGAAAAUCAAUGAAGUCGUCCCGAAAACCUCGCACUGCACAGGUUGGUCGAUUCCGAUUGAAAAAAUGCGAAAAAUUAUGUUUCAGAAAAAAAGUCAUCUUAGAAAGAUUGAGAAAGGAACUGAGUCUUCCAAGAACUCGAGUGUCGACACGGCGCGUAGCUUCGGCUCUUCUUUUGGGGGAAGUUCAGGAGCCUCGGCAAAAAGCUUCAAAACAAAAACAGGCCUGCCCCUUCUUCUACCGAAAAACGCUGCCAAAGGCUCUCAGCAAAGCCUAAAUACAGGCGAAACGUCUGCACGAGGAACAAAAGCUCUUCGAAACUCACAACGCUCUGGUCUGAAACCAGUGACGCCGAAGACUGCGCUAGGCGACCUUUCCGCGCGCUCAAAAUGUUCUCAAAAGCGUGGCACGACUCCGAUUCCCGAUGCUUCUCUGGGGUUGAACAACAAAUCCGCGAUUGGAGCAAAUGAACCAUUGACGACUUUCACGAAUCCUUCGAAUCCCGCGAGAAAUGACGCUUCACGUCCUCCUGGAAACACCCCGGAAUAUAACCGAGCCAUGAACAGUCUUUUUGUGAACCGCAACACUUCGCUGAACACUAAGCAAGUCGAUCGUCGUUUCCCAGGCGUCGGUCAGUCCCUUCGGCCACAGUUUCCAGAGCCUCAAGGUCGACAAAUCGCUCAAGAAGAUGUCCUUGUUUAUGAUUUGGCGUCAGUAUCCAUUCUUUGUUUCAAAAUACAAUAUCUCGUUUCAGACGUGCUCGUGCUGCGCAGAGAGCCGGCCUGCACGCACCUAAACGGUGGGAUCACCUCUUUACGAAGACAAUUAUAGCUUUUUCUUUCCAGGCAAACGGAAAUCAACCAUGCUAGCCGCGUAUCCGUACGUUUUGAUAUUGAUUAAUAUAAAAUCCUUUUAGGACUUAUCCAAUAGGAAUCCGCAACUGCAAUCGGUGCCGCAGGAGUUUCUCGUCGAGUAGUUUUCAAAGGAAAUUUAUCAUAUCAAUUUUUCUUCCAGAAAUCGCCCUAAACCUGGUAGCACUGUUGUCAUUCACGGAACAACGCCCGACGGAAAAAACAAGGUAAACUGAGAAAUUUUGAAAAAAAUAACCCAUGAAAAAUGUUUUCUGAGUUGAGAACCAAACCUUAUACAGUUUUUUUUGCGUUUCUAGUUGUCUAAAUCGCAAGAAGUUCUAUCAUUGAAAAAAAUACGUUUUGAAUGGAGUCUUACAGGUCGAGUUCACCAUCCAAAUGCGCAUCAUGGCUGGCGAGGCGCUGAAAGGCUCGUCGAAACCAAUCGACCUGAUUCCUGAAAAAGUGGUUGUUGAUGGAACAAACGUUCUGCCACCUGCAUUGCAGCAACGUUCUGGACAAACCCAGCAGAAGCCAACGAGUCGCGGUGGAGCCCACGACCUCUAG